UACAAUACUUAACAAUUGUAAAGUUAGCAUUCUCAAAUAGUUGUAUUCUACGAGUAACGGAAACCACUUCAUCGUGCGAGAAGUAUUUUUUUAGAAGCACUCAACCAGAUUAAUUAAGGUGCGAAAUUGUCAAACCCUCCAAACACAACUUAAAUAUUGGGUGUAAAUAUGUAGGAAGCCCUCCGUAGACGGUUCAACAUAAUAUUAUUACCAGUUCAUCUGCCGCAAUUUUCCACAACGACGAAGUACUACAGAGGUAGCUAUAUGACGUCCACCGAUGAUUUGGAGUUUACCGAACACGCUGCGGCCUGUUUUUCAGAGCGUACCUUGCCGCUCAUGCUCCCCCUUAAUAUUUAUUACCGUCCGUUGCUUAACGAACUGAACAGUGAUGCCUACAACGAUGUCGAACAACUCGUGAAAAAUACAUUUCCCAACUGCAACGUCAGUCAGAUACGCCUAGUCUGCGCCCCGCAGCUGUAUGGCAUGUAUAUGUUGCGUAAAGAAGAAAUGAAUUUGGCCGUUGGCCAAAGGGUCCAGGAGAAGUUGCUGUUCCACGUGACCACCGAAUCCAGAGCCAUGGAGUCGUUGGACUGCGGACUCGACUGGAGACGCACCCGGCGCAACAAGUUCGGGCGCGGAGUUUCGUUCAGCGACGACGCUGACUACGCUAAUUAUUAUGCCAACAAAUCCCCCAGCGAAGAAACACGAGUGAUCAUGAUAUGCUGGGUGCUGGUCGGUGAAACGUACGUGGUCCCACGACAGAGGGAGUAUGCAGGGAGAUCCUUGGUCGUACCACCCGGCUGUGCGGAUACGACGAUGAGCCAUAACGGCCGCGUAUACGUAAAGUAUAACAAUAAUGAAUUUUAUCCACUGUACUUUGUGUACUACCAGCGAAAGCCAGAAUACCUGACCAAUAGCAAAUAUUUCCGUCGGGACAAGAUAUCUUUUAGUCCUUCACUUGAAGAAAUUGUUCGUAUUUUUGGUGACGUAUUUAAAUCCCCGACCAACUGACCUCCGUGGUCAUCUACAUCCUCCCUGUAAUUACCUUGAGGUUAAAAUCGACAAUAUCCUUCGACUUGUUAUGUAAAACCACAUUGAUUGCAACUAGUUCCCUAUGGUUAUCUCAGAUGUGACAUUUGAAUUUUGAAUCAUGGGGAUCUAGGUGAUGGUUCACCGUAUUUGUUGAGACUUAUCUAUAACUAUUAUCUUAUCUAGAUUAUAAUCUACUGGUCUUCGACCAUAUAAACUAAUAGACGCGGCAUACAGCAAAUAUAUUGACGCCAACAUCGUAUACUGUGUGACGUCACGUUUGGGCAAUACCAUCGACUGACUAUCACAGUGUACAAUGCCAACGCGGCAACGCUAUUGCAAUAAUUUGGUGCUAAUUUUUAAAUGCCAUAAUCAUUUUUCUAAUUACAAUAGUAUUGAUAGUAAUUUAAAAUACCAUUCAAAUACUUCAAAAUAAAAAGUAUUUAAAAAAGUAUUCAAUACGGAAAAAAGUAUUUAAUUACAUUUACUCUGCAAAUACUUUACAACACUGAAUUUAUGGCAUAUGCCAUUAUAUAAAAUUAUAAUAGGAAGUUUUGUUAAUUUUUAUUUUUAAUUUAAGCAUCUCAACAUUCUCAACAAGUAAUAUUAUAUUAUUAUAUAUUAAUGUAUUAUGUCAUUAUAUAAAACCUAGUACCUACCCAAUGGCCCAAGUUGCCACGGGUUAAUUAAUAAAAAAAAAAAAACCCAAAGAGGAAAUAUUUGUUGUAUUUUUUAAAUAUUUAAUAUAAUUGUAUAAUAUAA